AUGGGUCUCAGCGACACGAGCCUCGAGUCCACCAUGGAGCACAGGUUGUGGGUCGGGGCAGGAGCGGCGUCCGUGAUGGGACUGCUCGCGAAAGCGGUGACGGCGUCUCACAGCCCCGAGGACGCAGCUGUAAUUUGCGUCUCAGCUCUGGCAGCUUAUUCGCUCUCGGACCUGGGAACGGGAGUGUACCACUGGGGCGUCGACAACUACGGGGACGCCAAGACUCCCGUCUUCGGCUCUCAGAUCGACGCAUUUCAAGGCCACCACAAGCGCCCUUGGACUAUCACCAAAAGGCAGUUCGCCAACAACAUUCAUGCCAUUGCACGGCCCGUCGCACUCUUUCUCGCUCCCUUCUUGGCUCUCCCCAGCAAUCCGGCUUUGGACACAUUUUUGGGAUUGUUUCUCGGAUUUGUGGUCAUGAGCCAGCAAUUCCACGCUUGGUCUCACAUGAAGAAAAGUCAGCUGCCCCCAUUAGUUAUAGCUUUACAGGAUAGAGGAAUUCUCGUGUCGAGGAAAAUGCACGGCGCUCACCACCGAUCUCCGUAUGACAUCAAUUAUUGCAUUGUCAGUGGCUUGUGGAACCCUUUUCUCGACAAGAAUCGGAUUUUCCCGAGCCUAGAAGCGUUCAUUCAUUCCAAUUAUGGAGUUGCUCCGAGGUCAUGGGCCGAGACUCAACCUGAGUGGUUGCAGGAAGGUUCAUAUUUCGAAGAUGGUUCCGAGAUCAAUCUGGAACAGCAGCAACAACAAUGA